CUUCCUAUGGGCUUUGCAUGAUCGCGCACAUUGAGAGGACAACGCUGCGCGUGGGCAAUUUCCCUCCGAUCAUCCACCACCUACUCCCCUUGACUGUUGCCCCUACAAGCAUCCAUCUGCUCGACCCUUACGGUUGCAGAAUUGCAACAGAGCAUCAAAUAGACGCAGCUCAGCUCAGCUCCGCGCACUGAUCCAUCUCCCACUCUGUCGAGCAUCGCUGCAACAAUGUCAUCAAGCGAUCCCAAGAGGAACGUCGUAGGGGCAAGCGAGCAGCAGGGAUCUCCUGCAUCACCGGAAGCAGAAUGGCAAUCCGCUCGACAGGCUUUCGGCUCAGCAGAAGCCCUGCCAUUUGCGAGCUUGCGACCGGUCAAGGAGAUUGACGACAUUUUGACAAAGCUGCCGGGUAGCCCCUUUGAGAUCGAGGAAAAGGUCAUCAAGGGCGUGCUCACCAAGACGUGGAAGAACUUGCCUGCUAGCGUGGCACAAUUUUGGACUGGAUGCGCUCAGCUUUAUAGAAGGAGAGAGUACCUGGUGUACGAAGACGUGCGAGUGACCUACAAGGAGGCGUGGGAACAAAGCUUGAUCAUUGCUCAUUGGCUCAGGUCUCAGUUCGCUGUUCGAAAGGGCGACAAGGUGGGAUUGCUUAUGCGAAACAUUCCCGAAUUCGUGAUUGCGUACUUUGCUAUCCAGCUGCUGGGCGGGGUAGCCGUCGUUCUGAACGCCUUUAGCGACUCGGACACUUUGGACUUUUGCGUCAAGGAUGUGCAGUGCAGGGUCUUGUUGCUGGACCCAGAGAGGCUGCACAGGAUACAAACGAUAUUCCCCAGGCUAUCGGAGGGUCUAGGACAUGCUGGAAGCGUGGAAGGCAUCGCGGUAUGCCCCAGAGAUGGCAGGAUGGUGUUGCCCAAGGAGAAGCGGCCGUGGAUGGAUGGCAAGUUGGGCCCGCUCGUCUUUGAUUGGCAAGAGUUGCAGCACCGCUGGAGCCCUACGCUGCAGCUCAGCAGACCUCCACCUGUCGUCGUGCAACCGGAAGAUCCAUCGACAAUCUUGUUCACCAGCGGCACCACUAGCAGACCCAAAGGCGUCAUUUCAACCCAGCGGCAAAACUUGUCGUCCAUGCCACUCAGCUCGUAUGGCACUGCGCGAGCAUUCUUGAGAAGACAUCGCGCAUUGCCUUUGCCUGCUCCUGAUGCUCAACAGCGAUGCGUACUCCUUUGUGUUCCCUUCUUCCACACCACGGGACUACACUCUGGCAUUUCCCUAACCACUGCUUCUGGCAGUCGACUUUGCAUGCUUCACAAGUGGGAUCUCAAAGACGCCAUCACUACGAUCCAACGGGAAAAGUGCCACAGCGUGACGGGAGUGGGGUUCAUGCUUCGAGAAAUCGUCUCUAGCGGCGCACCGCUGCCGAGUUUGGAAGUGAUGGGACACGGAGGCGCAUCGACGCCAAGAGAGACGGUGACGGAAGUGUCUGGCAAGCUGAAAUCUUUGCUCGUCGGGCAGGGAUACGGCUUGACAGAGGUGAAUGGUGUAGCUUGCGGCAUCUAUGCCGACGAUUACGUUCAUCGACCAGACAGCAUCGGUCUACCGCCGCCCACCGUUGAGCUGUGCAUCGUCGAUCCUACAUCCCUCGUCCGCCUCACAAAGCCCGAGGAGGAGGGCGAACUGUGGAUAAAGUCUCCAGGAGUAGCUAGCUACUUCAACAGACCGGAAGCCAACGCCGAGUCCUUCAUGCCCGACGGUUGGUUCAGAACUGGCGAUCUGGCAAAGCAAGACCAAGCUGGCUUCUACUACAUUACGGGAAGAGCAAAGGAGAUGAUCAUUCGGGGAGGCGAGAAUAUCAGCACAGUGCACGUGGAGAAUGCAGCCUUUAGUCAUCCAGAGGUGAAGGAUUGCUCGGCUUUCCCGCUGCCUUGCAAGAUCUACGGCGAGCGCGUAGGUCUGGUGGUGGUGCUGCACAAGAAGGAGGCUUUGCGCACCAUCAAGGCCAAAGACAUCAUUCAUCAUGCAAGUCAAACGCUUCCCAAGUUUGCUAGACCAGAAUACGUCCACUUGACCACCACUCCUCUUCCACGCAAUCCCAACGGCAAAGUCAUCAGAAAGCAAGUGACAAAGACGGGCGUGGAGCAGGCUCUGAAGGAUGGAUGGAGUAGUAUUGCGCAAAGCUCGGCACGCGAGAGCAAGCUCUGAGUACACGAUGCAGAUAGAUAGAUGGAUGGGGCCCUUUGCCCUGCCCUGUCUUUUUUUUUCUCUCUGCUGGGCUUGCUGGGACUCUUUGCCUGCGCGUUCCGCCUUCAAGAGCAGUGGGGCGCGUCAAAUUUGGUGUCGCAUCUGCUUUCAGUGUCCUACGGUACGCAUCCCCCAGUCACGUUGGUACCGCUGCGCCUCGUUUACCCUUUUGUGUGCGAUCGUCCACAUGCCAUCUAAGAAUGCUUCCUCACGAUCAAUCUAUUACAGGUCGAGCUGAUCUGACAACAUC